CGGUCAAUAGUCUUUUUUUUAUUUGCAUAAAAAGGAAUCUUGGAAUUAGGCAACGUAACUAGAGUGACUAACCACUAAAAUUUUGAACAAAUAUUAAAAAAAAAAAAAAACAAUCAAUCAAUAUCUGCAGUUUUGUCCUCACGGAAUAUACUCUUCCGAAUUAUAAUUAUCUCUCUAGCUUCUGAAGAAGAAAGAAGAAGAAGAAGCAGCGAUGGCACAUAUAUUACUACACGGUGAUCUUCAUGCAACUAUUUACGAGAUCGAUAAGCUACAUAUUGGAGCCGCCAGCAAAUUAUUCCAUAAGGUUGUAGAAGGCGUGGAGGAAGUUCUGGGUUUCAAAGAAACCGCGUCGAAGCUGUACGCCACGAUCGACCUGGGUCAGGCGCGCGUCGGGCGAACGCGCCUCCUGAAGCACGAGCACACAAACCCGCGGUGGUACGAGUCCUUCCACAUCUACUGCGCCCACACCGCCUCUCAGGUCAUCUUCACCAUCAAAGUCGACAACCCCAUCGGCGCCGAGCUCAUCGGCCGGGCCCACAUCCCCGUCUCCGACCUCAUGUCCGGCGACGAGAUCGACACGUGGCUCCCCAUCCUCCACACCAACAACAAACCCGUCCACGGCCACCCCAAGAUCCACGUCAAGCUCCACUUCUUCGACGUCGCCCGCGAGCGCUGCUGGUCCCGCGGUCUCAAGAGCCCGAAAUUCCCCGGCGUGCCCUUCACCUUCUUCCAACAGAGGAAAGGCUGCCGAGUCACUCUUUAUCAAGACGCGCACGUGCCGGACGAUUUCAUUCCCAAAAUACCCCUCGCCGGAGGGAAGUUCUACGAGCCCCAUCGUUGUUGGGAGGAUAUUUUCGAUGCGAUAUACAAUGCCAAGCACAUGAUCUACAUCACCGGUUGGUCGGUCUACACGGAGAUCACGUUGGUGAGGGACCGCAGAAGGCAGAAACCCGGUGGCGAUUUGACCCUCGGCGAGCUUUUGAAGAAGAAGGCUAAUGAAGGUGUUAGGGUUCUUCUUCUAGUGUGGGAUGACCGAACCUCGGUGGGGUUGCUUAAGAAGGAUGGCUUGAUGAUGACUCAUGACGAAGAAACGGGGGAGUAUUUCCGUAAUACGGAGGUGCAUUGCGUUUUGUGCCCGCGAAAUCCGGACGAUGGCCGGAGCAUUAUUCAGAAUAUAGAGAUCGGGACAAUGUUCACUCACCACCAAAAGAUUGUGGUGGUGGAUGGCGAGAUGCCUAAUGGUGGGGGUUCGGACGUCAGGCGGCUCGUCAGCUUCAUUGGCGGCAUUGAUCUUUGCGAUGGCCGUUACGACACGCAGUUCCAUUCCCUUUUCAGGACGCUGGAUUCUGUCCACUACAAUGAUUUCCAUCAGGGAAACAUUGCGGGGGCCACAAUCCAGAAGGGCGGGCCCCGCGAGCCCUGGCAUGAUAUCCACUGCAGGCUCGAGGGGCCCGUCGCUUGGGAUGUACUCUACAACUUCGAGCAGAGGUGGAAGAAGCAAGGCGGAAAGGACUUGCUUCUCCCGCUCCAAGAACUCGAAGAUAUUAUAAUCCCGCCAUCACCCGUCACAUUUCCCGAGGACCACGAGACGUGGAACGUUCAACUAUUUCGCUCGAUCGACGGUGGGGCCGCCUUCGGCUUCCCCGACGCUCCCGAGGAGGCGGCGAAAUCGGGGCUCGUGAGUGGGAAAGACAACAUCAUCGACCGGAGCAUUCAAGACGGAUACAUCCACGCUAUUCGUCGCGCGAGCCGAUUCAUCUACAUUGAGAACCAAUACUUCUUGGGGAGUUCCUUCUCGUGGUACUCGAAGGAUCAUAUCAAAGACGCGGAUGUUGGAGCCCUACACUUGAUUCCGAAAGAGCUCUCGUUGAAGAUCGUGAGUAAGAUCGAAGCGGGGGAGCCGUUUAGAGUGUACGUCGUCGUUCCUAUGUGGCCGGAGGGUUUUCCGGAAUCCGCUUCGGUUCAAGCUAUAUUGGAUUGGCAAAGGAGGACUAUGGAGAUGAUGUACACCGACAUCGUCGAAGCCCUUCGAGCAAAGGGCAUAGUUGCAGACCCUAAGGACUAUUUGACAUUCUUUUGCCUUGGCAAUAGGGAGGUGAAAAAGAGCAACGAAUACGAGCCGCCGGAGAAACCCGAUUCCAACACGGAUUACAGCCGAGCACAACAAGCUAGACGAGGAAUGAUCUACGUCCACGCAAAGAUGAUGAUCGUGGAUGAUGAGUACAUAAUCAUAGGAUCGGCGAACAUUAACCAAAGAUCAAUGGACGGUGCACGAGAUUCGGAAAUUGCGAUGGGAGCUUAUCAACCGUAUCAUCUUUCGUUUACGAGUCCUGCGAGGGGUGAAAUUUACGGGUUACGAAUGGCGUUAUGGUACGAGCACAUGGGAUUAUUGGACGACUCUUUUUGCCAUCCUCAUAGCAUUGAGUGCAUUCAAAGGGUGAACAAAAUAGGUCAGAAGAAUUGGGAUCUUUACACUAAGGAGGAUCUCGAGAAAGAUCUGCCCGGCCAUUUACUUAGCUACCCGAUUGGAGUUUCGUCGGAGGGCACGGUGACUGAGCUGCCCGGAAUGGAGUACUUUCCGGAUACAAAAGCUAGGGUUCUUGGAUCCGUGGCCGAGUACUUUCCUCCGAUCCUCACUACGUAAACUAACACAUUUGAUUAAUUAAUAAACGUGUGGAAUUUUCAAUUGUUGUGCUUUGUUGUGUUUUUUUUUUUUCUUCUUUGGACCUGCAAAAAUUACAGGAAAAUAUGUGAAGAUUGAUUUGUUUGUUUGGAGUUUGUCUAUUCUUGCUACACUAAAACGUUGUUUUAAGUGUUUCUGCUGUACGUAUGUAUGGCUUUCUUGAUGUAAUUUACAUUGGAUAUACUUUUACAAAUUUGUUCUCUUUGACAAUUCGUCGAACAUGUUGUGUUCGAUAUUCUAGAUGAUUGGUUUCACCUACGCUUAAUCGAAUUUUCAGGUUUU